AUGGAACAUUAUAAGGAUAAUUACAAACAGUUUGUUGGUUUUAAUACUAUUCUUGCUGCUCUUUAUGGUCAUACUUGGUGGGAAAAUAAGAAAGAGAUUGAAACUAAACAGGAAGAAUUGACCCAAGUUCAAGAAGAAUUCGCCGAAGAAAUAGUAAAAAAUGAAACUGAAUAUAUUGAAAGAUUACAAGAAGCCGAACAAACUCUCGAAAAAAUCAAAGAAAAAAGCAAAAAUUAUAAGACAGUAAAUUUUUCAAUUUUAAGUCAAGGUUUAGGCACUCCCAAAAAUAUUUUUUUCGCUAAUCAGCAAGAAGUAGACCAAGCCCGAAAACUUUAUGAGAAAAUAACACAAAAUUUAGAAAAAAAAGAAAGUGAAGAUUAUUUAACUUCCCCAGCAAGCCAAGAAUUUCUCCAAUUGAUUAAAACUAGUGGAGCCGAAUUAGAUGAUGAAGAAAGAGAAUUAGUCGCUAAAAUUGAGAAUAAGCAAAAGCAGCAAGAUUAUCAGGCAAUUUCUCAAAUAGUAGAAAAAAUGCCGGCCGUUCCGAAUGAAUUAACCAAAAUCUUAACCAAAUUACUAUCUAAUUUACAGGAAGAACAAAUCAUAGCCAUUUUUUCUCAAUCUUAUCAAGUAAAAGAUAAUCAGACUGAAUUGAAUGCAACCUAUUCUCAUUUAACCAAAGAACAGAAAUUAAAAUUGCUUAAUUCGGGUUUGGACAAUUUACAAAUAAAUACAACCGAGCAAAAGCAGGAAUUAUUAAAUAUCAUUCUCACUAAAAAGCAAGAAGAAAUUCAUUUUGAUUUAACCAUUACCGAAAAGGAAAAUAUUUUGCGUUUGAUUACAAGCCAAGUCAGCCAAAAUCAAUUGGAAACUUAUGAAGAAUAUGGGAAAUCUUUAUUAGGAUUAGCCGACGAUUUAAUUACUGUGGAUGAGGAGGAAACCAAGGAAAAUUUGGCUAAUGCCGAUUCCAGUAAUUUAAAUAAUUUUCCGUUAUCGCCUCAGCAAGAAAAUAUUCUGAAAAUUUUGUCGCCUUUACGACGAGAAUUCUCAUAUUCAGAUAAUUUGUUGAAAAGAUCGCGGAAAUUAAAUAGUCGGAACUUCCUAGUCCAGAAAGAAAUCAUUCCGGUCGAAUAUAAAAAAAUUGCUGAUCCUUAUUCAGAGUUAAAAAAAGAGGUCUUAAAGAAAAAAUAUCGGCAAAUUAGAGAAGAAAUUAAGCAAAGAGAAAAAGAACAGACUAUUGCUGCUAUUCCUAAUAUUACUUCCCUCGAAGAAAAAUACGAAAGAUUAGCCACCGCUUAUGAGAAAAUGCGGGAUUAUAUUGAAGAUAAAGAAGUAUUUGUUGAAGCCCCAGAAAAUAUUACUCCCGAACCGCCGACAAGACCAACCACUACUGAUAACCUUUAUGAUGACUUAUUUGCUAAUUUAGACCAAGAUGAAGCUGAAAAACUGCGUAAGAAAAAAGCCCGUGAAGAAGCCAAAAAGAGAUUAGCCGAACAGGAAUUUGCUCGUCGGCAGGCCAAUUUAUCAGAAAAAGAUAGAAAAGCAGCCGAAGAAGCCGAAAAACGACAACGAGAAAAAGAGUUGGAAGAACAAGAAGCCGAAGCGGCUCGGAAAAGACAAGAAGAAAGAGACAAAAACCUUUCUGAGGAUAGGAAGACUUAUUUAGAUAAAGAAGCAGAAAGAAUCCAGCAAGCCAAAGAGCGGACCGAAGAAGA